AUGUCUGAUCAACAACAACAACAACAACCUGGAGUGGUCUAUAUGCAACAACCACAACAACAACCCAUGAUGAUGAUGACCUAUCCUCCACAACCAAUUCCACAACAACAAGGCUAUCCACCCGUUCAACCCAUUCAACAACAUCAACAACAACCACCAUCGGGAGUUGUUUAUAUGCCACCACAACAACAACAACAAGGCUAUCCACCCGUGCAACCUCCAUAUGGUGGUGGUGGUGGUGGUGGUGGUGGUGCACAAUAUGUAAUGCAACCACCACAAGGACAACAACCUCAAAUGGUUACUACUACUACUGCCAUGCCAAUGGUUGUUGUUGGUGGUGGUGGUGGUGGUGGUUCACUACUCGAUCAAAUCUUUGCUCCCAAUCACAAGGCCAAAGUCAAACAAAGAAUUGAACCUUUUGAAUUGUUGACUGGAUUUGAAACUGAGAAUCGUUAUGACAUUUAUUUUGAGAAUGGAUAUGAAGCUGUUGCAUUGGAAGAAUCUGAUUGUUGUGCUCGACAGUAUUGUGGUCCAAGAAGACCAUUCAAGAUGCACAUUGCUUUAAAAGGCAAUGGACAAGAAUUCAUUACUCUUGAUCGACCAUUUUGUUGGAUGUUUCAUGAGGUUAAUGUAUUUGAGACUGCUACUAACACUGCUUUGGGUAAAGUUGAAUUGAGAUGUUCAUUCUUCUCUCGUGAAUUGAAUAUCUUUGAUGCAAGUGGUGCAAAGAUUUAUGAUAUUGUGUCACCAUGUUGUGAGUGUUGGACUUUUUAUAUUGAAAAGAAUGGACAACGUGUUGGUGAAAUUCGUAAAAAGUGGAGCGGAUUCUUGAAAGAAGCUUUUACCGAUGCUGAUAAUUUUGGUAUCGAGUUUCCAAUUAGCUCAACCACUAAAGAAAAGGCAAUUCUUCUUGGAGCCUUAUUCUUGAUUGACUUUUUGUACUUUGAAGAAAGUGCAAACAAUGACAACAAUCGUCGUAUUUUCUUAUAA